AUGGAAAAGGGCAUCAAGGCGUUUCAGUGCGUGGAAUGGGUAUCCAAGCGCAAAGUGCCGCACACGAUUGACAUUGUCGACCCGGACCCCUCCUGGCCCGCCACCUUUGCGCAGCUCGCCACCGGCAUCCGCGCCGCUCUCCCCGCCACCGUCAUCCACGCCGUCCACCACGUCGGCUCUACCUGCGUUCCGGGCCUCGCCGCCAAGGACGUCAUCGACAUUGACCUGAUUGUCGCCGACCCAGCCGACGAAGCGUCGUACGUGCCCGCGCUCGAAGCCGCGGGGUACCACUUCUUGUUUCGCGAGCCGCCGUGGUACGAGCACCGCCUGUUUGCGCUGUACGCGCCCGUCUUUGUCAAUCUUCACAUCUACGGGCCAGGGGAGCUCGACCUCGAGUCGGCGCGCCACCGACUGCUGUGCGACUGGCUGCGCAAGUGCCCCGCCGACAGGGACCUGUACGCGAGGGUCAAGCGCGAGUCGUCGGAAAAGGCAAAGGCGAAGGGCGAGGGCGUUGGGGAGUAUACAGAGUACAAAGGGGCCACAAUUAGGGAGAUUCUGGCGCGGGCCGCGGCCGAUGCGGCCGCCGCCGGGCAGGGCAGGGAAGAGACGGUCGAGGCCGGCAGGGCAGAGACGGUCGAGGCCGGCAGGGCAGAGACGGCCGAGGCGGGCACGGGCAUAGAAUAG